GGCGGGGCUGGUGGUGCGGCGCUUGCGGGUCCCGGAUGCUGGCGGCGCGGCGGGCGCUGUGGCCGGGCUGCGAGCGCAGGAGGAUGAAGCUGCUGGUGGCCGCGGCGCUGUUGGGCGGGUCGCUGCUGGUGCUGCUGCUACCGGCCGCCUCGCGGGCCGAGGAGCGCAAGAAGGGGCCCAAGGUCACCGCCAAGGUGUAUUUUGAUCUGCGGAUCGGGGACGAAGAUGUUGGCCGGAUCGUGUUUGGCCUUUUUGGGAAGACAGUCCCAAAGACUGUGGAGAACUUUGUUGCCUUGGCCACAGGAGAGAAAGGGUUUGGGUUCAAGGGCAGCAAGUUCCACCGUGUGAUCAAGGACUUCAUGAUCCAGGGAGGAGAUUUCACCCGCGGAGAUGGCACCGGAGGCAAGAGUAUCUAUGGUGACCGCUUCCCUGAUGAGAACUUCAAGCUGAAGCACUAUGGACCUGGCUGGGUUAGCAUGGCCAAUGCUGGCAAGGACACCAACGGCUCCCAGUUCUUCAUCACCACAGUCAAGACCCCCUGGCUGGAUGGCAAGCAUGUUGUGUUUGGCAAAAUCCUGGAAGGGAUGGAUGUGGUGCGGAAGGUGGAGAACACCAAGACGGACAGUCGGGACAAGCCCUUGAAGGAUGUCACCAUUGCUGACUGUGGCACUAUCGAGGUGGAGAAACCAUUUGCCAUUGCCAAAGAGUAAACCAUCCUGCCCCAGCACCAGGGCAGGGCUAUGCAGGCAGAGCUGGCCUGUGAAGGGCUGGGGGCUGUGAUGCUCCACAGGGCCCUUUGGAUCUAGCUACCCUCUGGGUGAGCAGCAGCUGUACCCUGCCACCAACCUCCUGCCUGGCCUCUCCUCCUGUUCCCUGUGACCCAACACAUUCCGUCUGGCCAGCAGAGGGGGUGUGGGUCCAUCACUUUUGUAAGAAGCACAUGCACUAAUAAAUGUGAUCAGUGUGUUUUUUAUA